UGCUGGUUGGUGGAUCUCUCUGUGAUUGACACGAGGCGGUGAAGUGGAGCCGGCUCAUUGACCGGGAGAUUCCCGGGAAAGCGGCUCCGAGCCCCGGGAUCCGUUCACUCUCUGUCCCGCACAUCCCCCCGGGAUCCGGUCACUCUGUGACCCCCGGGAUCCGCUCACUCUCUGACCCCCCGCCGGGAUCCGCUCACUCUGCCCCCCGCCCCACCCCGAUCCGGUCACUUUCUGUCUCCCCCGCCCGGGGAUCAGCUCACUCUCUGUCCCGCGGGUUUGCAAUGGUUGUACUCCGCUUGUUCUCCGCUGUCUCGCUGCUGCUCAUGUUUUCUCCGGGAUUGGGAUCAACUGCGGAGAUCGUCACUCUGGAUCAGAUCGAGUACAAGGAUCCCUGCAAAGCCGUGCGUUUCUGGGGAGAUAUUGCCUUGGAUGAAGAGGAUUUGAAAUAUAUUCACUUUGAUGGAAGCACAGAAUUAAGAAAACAGCAAGUUAGAAGAAUGGGCCAUGUAUCUAGUGGGACAAGGAAGUUGAUGAGAAGCCCACGUUACAACAGAACAAGGCCGAACCAAAGCAGCAGCAACGUCAGAAAGGGAAACCUGGGCAAUGUGCAGCAGAGAAACCAGCGCCGGCGAAAACCAGUGGCACACAGCAGAGUCAGCCGGGCCGCCACCUCAAGGCCAGAACGGAUCUGGCCCGGAGGAAUUAUUCCCUACAUCAUCGGAGGAAACUUCACUGGAACCCAGAGAGCCAUAUUUAAACAAGCCAUGAGACACUGGGAGAAGUUCACUUGUGUCACAUUCGUGGAGCGAACUACUGAAGAAAGUUUUGUUGUUUUUACCUAUCGACCCUGCGGGUGCUGUUCAUACGUGGGCCGCCGUGGGGGUGGUCCGCAGGCUAUCUCCAUCGGCAAAAACUGCGAUAAGUUCGGGAUUGUUGUUCACGAGUUGGGACAUGUGAUCGGUUUCUGGCAUGAGCAUACCCGGCCAGACAGAGAUGCCCAUGUCAGCAUCAUUCGAGAAAACAUACAGCCAGGGCAGGAGUACAACUUCCUGAAGAUGGAGCCCGCUGAGGUCAAUUCCUUGGGAGAGACAUACGACUUUGACAGCAUCAUGCACUAUGCUAGGAACACCUUCUCCAGGGGUGUUUUCUUGGAUACCAUCCUUCCCCGUAGAGAUGAACAUGGCAUGAGACCUCCCAUCGGACAGAGAGUAAGACUGAGCAAAGGUGAUAUUGCCCAAGCCAAGAAGUUGUACCGAUGUCCAGCCUGUGGUGAAAGCUUGCAGGACUCAAUUGGGAACUUUUCAACCCCAGGCUUUCCGAAUGGGUAUCCAACUUUCUCUCAUUGUGUUUGGAGAAUAUCGGUGACACCAGGAGAGAAGAUCGUAUUAAAUUUUACAACCAUGGACAUGUAUAAGAGCAGCCUGUGCUGGUACGAUUACGUUGAGGUACGCAAUGGAUACUGGAGGAAGGCGCCACUCCUGGGUCGAUUCUGUGGUGAGAAACUUCCGGAAACCAUCAUUUCCACUGACAGCUGGCUCUGGAUUGAGUUCCGCAGCAGCAGUAACUGGAUGGGAAAAGGCUUCUCUGCUGUGUAUGAAGCAAUCUGUGGGGGUGAUAUUCACAAGGAUACGGGUCAGAUUCAGUCUCCGAAUUAUCCCGAUGACUACCGGCCAUCCAAGGAAUGUACCUGGAGGAUCACUGUUGCUGAGGAGUAUCAUGUAGGCCUUGUUUUCCAGGCCUUUGAGAUUGAAAGACACGACAGCUGUGCGUACGACUACCUGGAGGUGCGUGAUGGAGACAGUGCUACCUCACCCCUGAUUGGCCAGUUCUGUGGUUACAAUAAACCGAGUGACAUCAAGUCCAGCUCCAACAAACUCUGGAUGAAGUUUAUGUCGGACGGCUCAAUCAGCAAGGCUGGUUUCGCAGCAAAUUAUUUCAAGGAGAUGGAUGAGUGUGCUCAGCAGGACCGUGGGGGGUGUCAGCAGCGAUGUUUGAACACUCUGGGCAGCUAUCGUUGUGCGUGUGAGCCAGGCUUCGAGCUGACUGCAGACCAAAGGACGUGUGAAGCUGCUUGUGGUGGUUUUCUCACCAAACUCAAUGGCACCGUCACAAGCCCGGGCUGGCCCAAGGACUACCCAACCAACAAGAACUGUGUGUGGCAGCUGGUGGCCCCUGCCCAGUACAGGAUCUCGCUGCAAUUCGAGGUGUUCGAGCUGGAGGGUAAUGACGUCUGUAAGUAUGACUAUGUUGAGAUUCACAGCGGCCUCUCCUCUGAAUCCAAACUACACGGCAGAUUCUGUGGCUCCGAGAAGCCCGACAUCAUCACAUCACAGUUUAACAACAUGAGGAUCGAGUUCAAGUCUGACAACACGGUGUCCAAGAAAGGAUUCAAAGGCCAGUUCUUCUCAGAUAAGGACGAGUGCUCGGUGGAUAAUGGUGGCUGUCAACAUGAGUGUCUGAACACACUCGGGAGUUACAUCUGCCAGUGUCGUAAUGGCUUCAUGCUGCACGAGAAUGGCCUCGACUGUAAAGAAGCUGGCUGUGAGCAUAAAACAAGCAGUGCCGAGGGAGUGAUUACCAGCCCGAACUGGCCUGACAAGUACCCCAGUCGUAAAGAGUGUACCUGGGUCAUAUCUGCCACCGCGGGUCAUAGAGUCAAGCUGGCCUUUGACAAGUUUGAAAUCGAACAGCACCAGGAAUGCAUUUAUGAUCAUCUGGAGAUUUAUGAUGGAGCUGAUGAUGAGUCCCCAAUUCUGGGGCGUUACUGUGGGAGCAGAAAACCCGAACCCGCCAUUUCUACCAGCAGCAAAAUGUUCAUCAAGUUCUUCUCUGAUGCUUCAGUCCAGAGAAAGGGCUUUCAGGCCAAAUACAGCACAGAAUGUGGAGGACACCUUAGGGCUGAGGUACGAACCAAACACCUGUACUCGCACGCACAGUACGGGGACAAUAACUACCCAGGACAGUCACACUGCGACUGGGUGAUAGUGGCAGAGGACGGUUAUGGGGUGGAACUGAUCUUCCAGACAUUUGAAAUUGAGGAGGAGGCAGACUGUGGAUAUGAUUACCUGGAGCUGUACGACGGUCACGAGAGUGUUGCUCCCAGACUCGGCAGAUUCUGCGGAUCAGGGCCCCCGGAGGAGAUCUAUUCUGCAGGGGACUCCAUAAUGAUUCGAUUCCACACUGACGACACCAUCAAUAGGAAAGGUUUUCAUGCUCAAUACACCAGCACGAAAUUUCAAGAUGAAUUGCACACAAGGAAAUAACCGAAUAGGAGCCUUAACAAAGGACUGCAUUGAGAACAUUGUGUCUUGCUACCAUCGUACCUUGGGCACAGGGGAGUUGGAACUGAAAUCCACAUUCGGUCUUGGUUGAAAUUGACGGUGAUUCAGGAACAGAAACAAACCCUCUCUGUAUUCCGAGCAACUUUCUCAAUGUUAUGUGUCCCCAUUCUUUCUGAAAACAUUUUGUUUAUCCAAUCACUGUGGCCCAAAAGACACCAAAGUAAAACACUGUGGCUCCUUUCAAUUAGCUUCCCACCCCUGCCUUUCCCAACUUCUUCAUUCUUAUUCCCACCAUUCCAUCCCCACAUUCCCAUUCCUACCUUUCCCAUCCCAGUAUCUAACAAUUCCUUCCCCUGCUUUUAGGAUGUGUUUCCACGCGAGCAGCACAAUAUUCGGAAGCACGGUGUUUCAAUGUAAUAGUGGUCAUUUCAUCACUAUCUGCAGUUUAAAUACUGGAAGAACACAACAGGUUGUGGAAUUCUCACCAUUACUACAGAUGUACACUUGAAAUUUUGAAAAAAACUGGGAAUAGUUCUUUCAGCCCCUUGAAAUGUUACAUGAAGUGAGGGGUAGGGAGAUUAACCACUGAUCUUUGAACAAAUUUGUUAACAAUAAGCUUUUGAAACUCCUCAAACAUUGAACGUAACGAGACUAGAAGGGCAAUUAACAGGUGCUGUAAUAUCUAAGAUUAGUUGGAGAUGUUUUGCACGUCAGAAGCCUGCAACAAGUAUCUGCAAUGUGGUUAUAACAUUUCAUUGAAAGAGAGGAAAAACGAGAAAUAUUAUUUGAAAAAUAUACUUAAGAUAUAUUCAGAAAUGCAAAAUGUCAAAAGGUCUAGCUGCUUGCAUGUAAACUACUUGUGAAUCUGCUCCGAGAGCUGUUUUUAAUCCAACAUAUAUAUGCAUGGAAGAAAAAUCCUGAAAGCUAAGCCUUAAUUCUAGUGAAAUAUUGUACAGUACUGUACAUCAGAAGCUGUAUUGGAAAUAUUUGGUAGCUGGUUGUAGAUAAAUCAUAUUCUGUUUAUUAUUUAUUCCUAAGAAGGAACACAGUAUGACAGAAGGGUGGUUGAGCUCUUGAACCAACUCAUUACAUUUUUGCAUUGUAUGUAAA